AUGGCAGAUUCGAUUUACGCAAAUUACCCUCCCGCCUUGAACCCCGCACAGAAGGAGUUCCUGGUGAGGACAGUGAAGGACUGGGCGACACAGAAUGGCCUGAUGGUCAGACCUGCGCCUACGUUCGUCUCAAAGGAAUCUGAUCCUCACGGGAUACUCGCAACGAAUGCGCCGGUGACUUUGUUCCCUAGCCCUUUCCCGAAGACCUGCUUCGAAGAAGCCAAGGCGCUGCAGACCGUGUACAAUAAGCUCUAUGCCGCGAUAACCUGCAACGAGGAAUGGAUUGGCAAAAUAAUGGAAGAUCUCAUUGACGUCGACGACUUCAUCUCGAACCUCUGGAAAGUGCACGUUGCGGUUCAGAGAGAAGGAUAUGUCCAGACCCUUUCUCUGGGCCUUUUCCGUUCUGAUUAUAUGGCACACACUCCGUCAACCUCGACGACGCCCGAGUUGAAACAGGUCGAGUUCAACACCAUAUCCUCGUCCUUUGGCGGUUUAUCGUCGCUUGUGGCAUCCUUGCACUCCGAGCUGUUAGAUUCUCCCCUCGGCAGCCCUAUGGCGUACCCGCCACACCCGCUGCUGCAAUCAAAUGCAGUGCCAGAUAAUACUGCAGUGGAGACACUAUCUGCAGGUCUGGCAACGGCACACGUCGCGUACGGGCCAUCCAAAUCGCAACCGCAGCUGCCUACUUGUGUCUUGUUUGUGGUGCAAGAAAACGAAAGAAACAUAUUCGACCAGCUGGCGCUUUCAAGACAACUCUCCAAUGUCCACAAGAUACCGGUCUUUCGUUUACUAAGCUCUGAGAUUCUAGACCACACCUUCAUCCCCGGCUCUAAUCCCUUGCGCCCUCUCAUCUACCGCCCGCCGCACGCCGCAGAGACGCACUUUGAAGUGACAACAGUCUACCUCCGAUCCUUCUACACACCAACCGACUACAAAUCCGACCGUGACUGGGAAGCCCGAACCCACCUCGAGCGCUCCGCGGCAAUCAAAUGCCCAACAGUUCUCAACCAACUCUCCGGAUCCAAAAUCGUCCAGCAGGUCCUUGCAGCACCAACGGGACCCGAUCACCUCGCAGCCUUCCUCGCCGGUACUGACGAAGCCGUCAUCUCAAGACUUCGCUCAACUUUCGCCCCGCAAUACGACCUCUCCCUCUCCGGGAAGGGCCGAGAACUCGCCCUCAACCCCUCAACGGCAUCAAACCACGUCCUCAAGCCCCAGCGCGAAGGCGGCGGCAACAACAUUUAUAAAACCGCAAUCCCGGACUUCCUCAAAUCCAUCCCUGAAAAUGAGUGGAAGCGCUGGAUCCUCAUGGAGCUGAUCCACCCUCCCGCGGCAGCCAAGAACGUCGCUCUCCGCAGCGACGGCGAGGUCCUCGCUGGCGGCGUCAUCGGGGAACUAGGUGUUUAUGGCACUAUUCUGUGGGACCAGAAGGAUGGAAAUAUUCUUCACAAUGAGCAGGGUGGAUGGCUGAUGCGGACGAAGGCCGAGGGCGUGAAUGAAGGUGGUGUUGCGACCGGAUUCUCGAGCCUAGAUAGCAUCGUUUUGUACUAG